AGGGUCGCCAGGUCACUAUAUCUUGCUGUGAUCUUUUCAAAUUGAGAAAAUUUAUGUAGGUAUGAGGACUUGCAAAACAAGUCAUUCUUGUUGUUUUGAUGCUUGUAGUCAGACGGUAGUAAAAACGGUGAAGAAGUCAAUAGUAUUGAAUUACUUGAAGACCGGAGAAUUUUUUUCAGACGGUAGUAAAAACGGUGAAGAAGUCAAUAGUGUUGAAUUACUUGAAGACCGGAGAAUUUUUUCUUCUGAAGAAAAGAAAUCUUUGCUAUAUCUACUAAAUGAUAAUGGCAGUGAUGCUGAUAUUGGUAUAACGUCUUCUACAUCAGGACCUAAAUUUUGGUCGCCAUCGUCCAUUGAAGCACCCUUUCGGCUUCUUUCAAAUAUCGAAAUACCACAUGAUGGAAAUCAGAAUGGUGGAACAUCUCGCGGUACGAUAACACUGAUUUGUCUGAAGGAUGGUGUUUACUCCGCCUUGACAUGCGCACAUGUUGCUUGUGCCACUGACCACCAGCAAACAUUUCUUGACGGAGAGCGACUGGUAUCAAUCAACAAAGCUGUAGAAACCUUGAAUAAACACGAUGAAAACAAGUAUAUGUACACACCGUCUAAGAGUGAGUGUAAAGCAGAAAUUGGAUCCACUCAUCGGCACACCUUUGCUCAGUUUGAUAGUGAAACAGACAUCAUGUCUAUCAUAAUUGGCAAGCAAGAAGAUUUCAAGAAACUUAUUGGUGAUGAAAUGGAAGAUGUUGUAUUGAACUUGGAUGAUGCAAAUGAAGAACUUCAACGCAGGGUUGAGGACAACAAGGAGGCUGUUAAAGUCCGCACAGCCACUGGUGUUGAGGGCUUCAUCAGUGAAUUGAAUUAUGAGUAUUGGUGUAAAAAUUCCACACGUCGCAUUUUCCAGAAUGCUAUCAAGAUAAAAAGUUGUCAAACAUUUCUUGAUUCCGGUGAUUCUGGUACUCUUGUUUGGUUUUUGGAUGAAAAAGAAAAUUGGCAACCGUUUGCUUAUGGAGUUUGCGAAGUAUGUGAUGAUGGUGACAGCGGUUCAGAAAAAAGUUACAUCUGUCUGAAGUUGAACCACGGCUUAAAAGCUCUUGGUUUUCAGAAUGGUCGAUUUUUUAUACUUCGAGACAAUGGUCUUAGUGUAUCCAACAGUGCUAAAACCGACGAUGAUGAAGGAGGUGCAGCUAACAAAAAAGACUCUAAAGUGACAAUGAAAUAUCGACGCAUUAAUUAUAAACGUCGACAAGGACCAGAUUCGAUUUCCCGUGUUCAUCAACAGCCACCGUCAGAAAAAGUAAAAAACAUGAAACUCUCGUCAAAUGUUAAUGGAAAGAAUCCAGUCACAUCAACUGGUGCUCGGUUGACAUCGGAAAUUACAGGAUAUGUAGGUACCGAUCACUUUCAAUUCUUCAAAAAAUAUUUUCUCACCGACGAUUUCAAAAUGAGCAAUGACGUGUAUGAGAAAUUAAAAAGCUUUGAUUGGUUUUGUGGACAAUGUGGAACAGCGGGUCCAACUGACCAGAUGCCAUAUCUUCACUUGUACAUGGUCGUUGAUUACGUUAACGGAAUAACUGAUCACGAUAUGAAACAAGAAAUCAACGAGAAACUUGGUUGGCAAGCUUCAAAGUACAUCGAAUUCCGACCAAAUGACCCGUCAAAGGUGUGGAAGGUUCGACCUCUAUCCAACAAGCGACUCGAAGUGGAACGUGAUGAUAUUCCUUACAUGCGAUCCAGUGGCACGUUGACAAUGUUCCGCAUGAAAGAUGGAAAACAAUACGCGUUGAGCUGUUUCCACGUUGGUUAUGAAAUUGGCCGGAUACGGAACGAUGACGUUAACCCGUUUUUGGCAAUUCAAGAUGAAAUUAAAAUAAACAGAAAUGCCACUCAGCGAUUUAUGGAAGAAAAUAAGUAUUAUCUCUCAGAUGAUGACGAAGUGGUUGGUAAUUUUUCGCAUUUUGAUUUUGGACCUGAAACUGAUAUCAUGGCCAUCAAAGUUGAUGAAGUUAAAAUGGAAAAGACUUCAGAUGAAAUGGAGAACUAUUCUCAUGACGUGUUUUCGAGGCUUUAUCUUAGACAGCAUCGUGGUGAAAAAAGCAUUGUUCAAAAAGCUCAAGAAAUUUUUGGAAACAUUGAGGAUCUAAUGUUUAAUUUUGAUGACGACGACGGAAGACCCGUAUUUUGUAACGCAGUGUUGGUAAAAAGUGAUGUUGAGUUUCUAAUGGAUGGAGAUUCGGGAUCUCUUGUGUAUUUUUGUGAUGAUGAAGACAACCAAAAACGACCUUUUGCAUAUGUUGUUGCUGAAUUGAGCGAGAAAGACCAAAACGGAAAAGGGGAGACGUUCUACAUUUGCUUGAGAUUAAAAGAUGCUUUGGAAGCAUUGAAACUUAUGGACAGUGAAGUCAUCAUUGGUGUUUUGCCUUCCACAUCAAAACCUGAUGCAGAUGAUAAUUUGGAUGAACACUUUAAAAUCUUCAAAAGUAAAUUUCUUGACGAACACAGUAACAUUAAACCUGAUGUGUGUGAUGUACUUGAAAGCUUCACGUGGCUUCAUGGAGAGUAUGGAACAGCUGGCCCAAACGAGAAGAUGCCAUUUCCUCACUUAUAUGUUAUGGUUGAUGAUAGUCAAGAAAAAUCGAAUGAAAUUAUAAAGCAAGAGAUUGAUGGAAAAUUUGGAUGGGAAGCUUCGAAAUACAUUGAUUUGCCACGUAAAGCUCCUAGAAAAGCAAAUUUUCGAUUGCUGUCUGAUUUUCGCAAGUUUUUGAUUGCUGUCUGAUUGCUGUAUGACUCAUUUAGAAUUCACGAUUCCACCACAAUGUUGAAUCCAGUAUUGGGCAGUAAAUCACAACACCUCACUUUUGGAUUAUUUUAAAAUUUGAAACUAUUUAUUUGUAAUUAGAUUAGCAGGACAUAACUGAUUCUUUGGAAAUACUUAUGAUCAAUUACAUUAAAGUAAAUGGUUUGAA